UUGUUGCCAACUUCCCGUCAGUCAUUUUGUUCGGUGGCUGUAUUUCUAUGGUCGACGACAUCGUUAAAAAUCUUUAACAUCGGCGAGUUAUUUCCAAAGUGACAUUAUGAGUUCUGGAAUGCCCGAAUUGGGCUCCAAAAUAAGCCUAAUAUCUAAAGCUGAUAUUCGCUACGAAGGCCGGCUUUUCACCGUCGAUCCUCAGGAAUGUACCAUCGCUCUAGCUAGCGUGCGCUCAUUUGGUACGGAGGAUCGGGAGACUCAGUACCCUGUGGCACCUCAGAGCCAGGUGUAUGACUACAUCCUUUUCCGUGGUUCUGACAUAAAGGAUAUUCGUGUUCUGAACAAUGUCCCCUCUCUACCAAAUGACCCGGCCAUCAUGCAGAUGUCUGUGCCCCCGACGCUCGGCGCAGGCAGUGCGCCGGGCCAGUUCACGGGGCAAUACACCCACCCAGUGGUCGGCCAGACUCCUUACCCCCAGUACCACCCGAUGGCUGGCUUCCCAGGAAAUGUCCAUGCUCAGCUUAACAAGACCAGUGAGUUGUCUCCGCAAACCUCCGUGGAGCUGGCACCCCAGCCCCCACCUGCCACAGCUCCGAUUGGCUCAGGAGUGGCGCAUCACGCCAAUCAAGUGAAAGACCAAGGCUCUAUGCUUGACCUCAUUGGAGGAGGAUCUCAACAAAGCGCUUCACGGUCGGGAACGCCCGCUGUUGGCGCUCACAGGAAAAGCCCAACUGCUGAUCAGGGCACGCAGGUCGGCUCUGUGGCUAGUGGGUCUAGCCAACAACGCGACAGCCGACGCGGCAGCAACGGUCAAGCGGCGAAGGGUCCGGCGAACCGUAACCGUACGAACUCGCGCAAUCGCCAGCGCUACCCCAGCGGCGGCGCGCCUGUGCCGCACCAGCAACAGCAACACCAUCAACCGCAGCACCAUCAGCAACCGCAUCAUCAACAACAGCAGCAUCAUCAACAGCCGCAGCAGCAGCAACAUAACCAGCACAACCAACAUAAUCAGCACAACCAGCAGCUCUCGAACCAGCAACCUCAUCAUCAUCACCAGUCUGUAAAUAUGAUGGGGCUUUUAGGCCAGGGCUAUGGUCGUGGCGGCUGGAGAGGACGACCCCGCGGUCGCGGCCGCGGCUUUGUCCCCCGCAAUAAGAACACGCUCAAGUUCGACAAGGACUACGACUUUGAACAAGCCAACACCGAGUUUGAAGAACUGCGUAGCCAACUUGCCAAGGCCAAGAUAUCUGACGGCGAGGUGAAGGUUGAGGAAUCUGAAGUGAUUAUUAUGACGCAGGGUGAGGUUGACAAGAAAGAUGACUCUGGUAAUGAAACUGGUGCUGGUGAACCAGAAGUAGACGAAGACCAGAAUGGUUACACUGGAUAUGAUAAGACCAAGAGUUUCUUUGACAACAUCUCAUGUGAAGCUGUGGAGAGGUCAAAGGGUCGAAGCCAGCGAACGGAUUGGCGAACAGAGCGCAAGUUGAACUCGGAAACGUUUGGUGUUGCGUCGGCGCGUCGUGGAGCCUGGCGUGGUCGCGGUGGCUGGCGCCAUCACAACCCGCAGCACCAGCAGAACUACGUGCACAGCUUCUCUGACGACGGGCGAUGGCGCGCGGGUCGCGGGGCCCGCGGCGGGGCGCGCGGCGGAGGGCGCUCUCUUUUUCAUCCGGUUGUCAAGAUGGGUAUCGACAUCAACCAUAAACACGACAGGAAAGUUAGGCGUACUGAAGUUAAAUCUCAGGAUGUCUACCUGAGGUUGCUUGUAAAACUCUACAGAUACUUGGCUAGGCGUACAAAUGCCAAGUUCAACACGAUCAUCCUGCGCAGGCUGUUCAUGAGCCGCAUCAACCGGCCUCCACUAUCUCUGUCGCGGUUGGCCCGCCACAUGAAGAAGCCAACUCGCGAGGGUAUGAUCGCCGUGGUUGUCGGCAGCAUCACCAACGAUGUCAGGCUAUACACUGUGCCUAAGAUGUCCGUCGCUGCCCUGCACGUCACCGAGAAGGCUCGUGCCCGCAUCUUGGCUGCUGGAGGAGAAAUCCUGACUUUCGAUCAGCUGGCUCUGCGCGCCCCGACCGGCGCUAAGACCGUGCUGCUGCAGGGUCGCCGCAACGCCCGCGAGGCUGUCCGUCACUUCGGGCCCGCGCCUGGAGCCCCGCGCUCACACACCAAGCCCUACGUGCGCUCUAAGGGACACGAACGUGCACGACCCAGUCGUCGUUCUAACGUGUAACCUUUAAAUAUAAGGACUACAAAUAA